AGCACGAUUAACCAAUGAGAGAUACUUUUAUUGUCGUGAACAACAAACGUACACCACGGUUCAGAAAAUACCGUUGGUGUGCUGCUUUUAACACUAAAAUUAUCAAUGGAUUGUUUAUUUAUUGCACGAGUUCGUAGAUUUACGUAUCGGCUCGUCACUGUUUAUUUUCUGUCAGCAUGAACCUCGGAGAUGGCCUGCUGUUUGAACUUGAAAAUGGAAAACCCAAGUUGAUUUUACUCAAUCAUGGUUUUGAGAAAAAUCCAGCAAAGCAACUGUCCAUCAAGCCUCGAACAGCACAGAUCUUGAGCUUUAGACAGCCAGUUUGUGUGGAGGAGGUAGAAGGAGAAGAGCGUGCACCCCGUCAGGUUGCAAGGAGUCACAGGGAGGUUAAGUGCAAACCAGCAGGAGAUGCUUCAUCUUCCAAUUCCAACACUGAAGGGAGGAACACUCUCCUGACUUCAUCUAAGGGACCUCAUAAAGACUGCAGCGUCAAAGCAAGACACAAAGUCAAAGAUGGAGUGAAGUCAAACAAACCCAAACUCAGUAUUGGACCCCUGGGAGCCAAUGGGAAAGCGGGACAGCCUCUGAACAGUGAGACUCAAGGGGACAGAAGUGCAGGCUUAAAGCAUGCACUGGCCAGUGUAGAUGAAGGGCUAAAGGACGGUGUGGUGUGUCUAACCAAUGAAGAGCUGCAGCAGAUCCUCAACGUCAUCAAGAUCCCCACCAGUGACCAACACGCACCAGAGGAGCAGGCGGUACAAGUGAGUCAAAUAGACCCCAGAUCUGACCCCCAUGUGGCAGAAGAAGAAGGAAAAGACAUAAAGGAGAGAGAUAAAGGCGGGGUAACAGCAUUAAAGAGUGAGGGUGGAGGAACUGAUGCAGACAGAAGAUCACAAGGAAAAGAAAACAACUCAUCUAGAUUUCUGUUCAGCUGGCUGGACGAGAGACAAUCAGACGACAGAGCGACCAUCAAUGCCAGGAAGGCUCAGUGGAGAAGAGAGCUCGACGAGCAGGUGGCGCUGAAGCAGCAGCAGCAGCAACAUUCGGCCCCUGGCAGACUACAGGCUGAGGAGUACGCGGAGAGCGUGUCAUCAGUUCAGACGUGCUUCAGCCACAGAGAGCAACCUGCAGCCAUCAGGUCCAGCCUCAGACUGGGGGAGGUCACUCCAAUGGAGGAGGUGUUUAGUGUUGAGAGGAAACGGGAGCAGAGGAGACACUGGCUGGAAGAGCUGGAUCAUCAGAGAAAGGAGGUGGCUGAACGCAGAAGACGAGAAAAACUCCUGCAGAACCAGACAGAAGAUCACGAACGCUGGGCCGCGCAUUUUGACUCUCUCCAAAAGAGGCCUCACAUCCAGACUCCAGUUGCAUCUGCGCCACCUCCAGGGCAGCUCAACGGUUCUGUGGGAGGAGACUGGGGGCCCACGUCCAGUUUAUCUCUGGCCUGGGAUGCCACGAGCAGCUGUGGAGCCGACAGCGUCGUCGGAGCCAGCCUGAACUCUACAAGUGGCUAUCCGACCAGAACCAACUACUUGAGGACCAUGACCUCCCUACUGGAUCCGGCUCAGAUAGAGGAACGAGAGAGAAGGAGGCUCAAACAGCUGGAGCAGCAGAGGGCAAUCGAGGCCCAGAUGGAGGAGCGCAGAAAGCAAAAGGAGCAAGAGGAGUUCAAGAGGAGACAAGAGGAGGAGGAGGAAGAGAGUAGGGUUGCUCUGGAGAGGGAGAAGCUGCGGAAACAUUAUGAGCUGGAAGUUCUGAAGAAGAAGCAGAAGGAAGUGGUGGUCCAACAUCCAGAACAGCCAGAGAAAGACCAGAGAGACAGCAGACGGAAUGAGACGCUGGAGUCCAGCGGUUUGCAGAAGAUCAGUAGCUCUUCGGUCGGCUCCUACAAAGACACGGCCGUUCAGACGGAUGAGACUCCUCCUCUCGUCCCCGAAGCGGUGAAAGCUCAGACUCCUGACACCAUUGAGCACAACCACCCACCUCCUCCCUAUCAGGCUGCUCCUCCUACAAACAGCAGGAGUCGUGGGGUGAAAAGCAGGAAGGAGAACAUCUGUUUGCCAACAAAAGGAGACCCAUAUGAGGCGUUCGCCAGGACGGAGAGGAGCCGUAGAGACAAGAAGAGGCCGGAGUGGAACACACACAGGCCUAGCUGCCGCUAUGUCCCAGCCUCGGAGCGUUAUCCGGUUGCUUUGCAGAAGAACAGACAGGAGAACCGAUUGAGGAGGCAAGCUGAGCUUCUCGCUCUGCAGGAAAGGACCUACAUGGUCAGAACUGAACCACUUCCUCCUCAGCACCAGGAGCCUCGUCUCGGCCUCAACACCCAGCAAACAAACACCGGUUCCACCAGGAAGAUGGAAACCAGCUCCAGAGGAAAGAACAACCCAACAACCAUCAGCUCUGACCAGGGGCGCUAUAGUCCAGUAACUGCAGUUCAGAAUCAGCAGGAUUCUACUACUCCUCCGGUUCUGGAGUUCAUUCCUUACAUUCGGACUGAUGAAGUCUUCCACCUGGACCCACUGGAGACCGCUGACACCCCCCCACCCCAAGCACACUCAGGAGCUCCUCCUGAAUGUUCAGCAUCUCCUCCUGCUCCUUCACAUGGAGACCCGCAGCUCUGCCCAGAGCUGCCAUGUAACACACACACACACCGUCAGCAGGAGAUCCUGCGAGGCCUGGCUCAGCUUCGGCAGGGUUUAUUACAGAAGAAGAAGGACCUGGAGACUGAUCUAAAUCCUCUCUGGAAUCACCGUGACGAGCUGCGGGUGCCCUCAACAGCACAUACCACGUGACCUUCAACGAACAGCAGCGUGCCCUGUGCACACGCGGUUCCAUGAUCGUGUGUUCCUGGAGAGUGAGGAGCUGAUAGGAAACAACGAUAUUCAGUCAUCCGAUACUAUGGAAAGAGACCCUCAGUGUGUCAAAACAGAAGGAUGAGAAGUUCCAGACGGCUGAAUCUGAAUGUUACAAAUCAUUGGGUCAGUCCAUGAAGAUCUGACGAAGAGAGGUUUUAUGAGUUUUACACAUAAAAAUGUUUUUUAAAGUGGUAAAAACCCAAAUCACUCUUCCUCCUCCUCCUCCUCUGUGAUACAUCUACAGCCAUAGCCACACCAACUCCACCCAACAACACUUCGUUAGAAAUGAUUUAACUGGACUAGUCACCUGUGAUUUGAUCAUCUGUGCUGCUCCUCACUCUCCUGAAGUAGAAUGGAUUUCGUUCUCAUUUAUUUAACAAAGGCAGGACUUUAAAAUGAUUCUUCCUCAGCAGGGACUCUCCAGACUUUCAGAAUGAAGAAAUUCUACCUCACUUAACACAGCAGCUCCAGGCACACCACCAAAUCAGGCAGAACCACUUUCAUGUGAGGAAUAAUUUUAUAAAAUGUGUAUAAAAUGUUCAGAUUUGAAUUAAAUGUUCUUUUUCUGUCUCCUGCUGGCAGAUGUUUGUAUUUCUUUCCAGCACUAAUUGUUUUUUGUUUUUAUUUAUGGUGACUAAUAAACAAUCUCUAAUCCA